AUGACAAAGCCCUUGAAUGCAACUCCAAUGGGUUCGCCGGUGGCUGUACAGAACGGAAGGAAGGGAGAUCUAAUCUCCGACAGGCUUCCCUUGGUUCAUUAUCUCCUUCUCCGUCAGCCACCAAUCGUGAAAAUGAAAGGAACGGAAGCAACAGUGUUGUUGUCAAGUGGCAACGAAGGCUAUUCCAUCUAUCCGACAACAAUCACGCAGGGAGGGAAAUACUUCGGUCCUUUGUUGAUCGGAGAAGAAAGAAACACAAAAAUAGUCAGAAAAUGGCCAAUGAAUCUUAAUCGAUCGCAAGGAAGGGAUGCAAUUGGUAGUGGGAAGUCGCUAAUUUUCUUCUCUUUAGUGGUGAUGUUCCAGGCAUGA